AUGUUAUUGCAGAUUACAUAUCAAGAGAAAGGUACACAGACAGAUGAUGUACCAGAAACAACUACUGGAGACAUAUAUACAAUCCUUUCCAAGUUAUCUAUACAAAUAGAUGGCAUGGGAAGAAGAUUGCAAAACCUAGAGGAAGCUAGUAGUCAGCAGCAUGACUAUAAAAAUGCGGAGCUACAAAAAAUAACUAGCAGUCAGCAGCAUGACUUGAAAAAUGCGGAUCUAGAAGGAGACGUUGGGAAACUCCAAAAAACCCAUAACAAUGUUAAUAUUAUUGAUGCAGGAACUAUUGCAAGCAGCUCAUCUACGACGAGGUCACCUACAAAACCAAAAAAUAAAAACCUCAAUAAAUUAUUUGAAAAACCAUAUACAACAAUACCAAAAAAUCCAGUUACAGUACAACCCCAAACUACUACCUACUCAGAAAGCUUGAACCAAACCAAAAAGACAUACAACCAUAUAUCUCGUACCUAUAUAGAAAACAUGUAUAAACUACAAACAUUUCUUAACCUAAACCCGAGAUCCAGAAAUACUACUGACCCAAAAAGAGAUUAUAUUACUUCACACCUACAAAGACAUAAUAAACUCAUUGCUUUACCAGGCACCAACCCAAACCUAGUAAAUACUUGCUACAACUAUGGAUUACUAAGUACUGUAUAUACCUCUACAGGAGAAGAAAUAGCAACUAUGACGGAAUUAUAUAAAGCAUUUACUACGUAUAAAAGAAUUACCAAAGGAACAUUUUUCUAUAUAAAAUUCUAUACUGCCCCAGCAGAAAUACUAUAUGAUGAGAUAAAACCUAUUAUACAAGUUGUCAAGAUUGGACUAACUAGAGAAAUGAUUAUACCAGAGCAGAUCGAUAUACAGCCCGAGAUACCUAAGGAAGAGAUACCUGACUUCUUUGCUAAUAAAAGAAUUAUUGGACUAGCUACAAUACUCAACGAGCUAACAAAUACAUUUCUGACUGAAUCACCUAUGUGGACAUAUUAUUCGAGAGAGCAAACUAUGGUUUAUUCUCAUUCAAAGGAGAUCAGAGGCCAAGACAUGGAAAAUAUAAGACAAUGGAUUAUUAGUCUAUUACAGCCAGAGGAAAUACCAAUCACAAGAGCUAUAAAGAAAAAUUUUAUUUCAGAAAAUUUAUUAUCACGAUAUUGCAAAAUGAUAGGACCUAGAUACCAAGAACAUAAAUGCUCGAAAUGUAAUGGAGAAGAUAAUGUCAUUCCAGAAUUUAACAUGGAGUAA